CCAGAGCCUAAGACCCCCUUCUCUUGCUCCUUUCCUGGGCUGGGCCAAGCAGGUGAAGCCCAUCAGCCAGGAGCAUGGAACUGGCAAUCGGAGCCAGAGCGGUGGGCAAGGUCAGUUCGCCAGCAGUUGAAUGCCCAGCUCUUCUUGGCCUCAGAGAGGAGAGUAGGCUCGUCUCCUGAACAGCUGUCAUCUGAUGCCCUUGAGUCUCGGAGGGGACGGAGGCAGAUCCUGAAGGCACUGGAGCUCCUGAUAGCUGAACUCCAGACUCUGUUCUCAGCUGUGCUACAGGACAGAAGCCCUGCAGCUUGGCACUACCUGCAUGCAGUGCUGCGUCUGCUGCCACCAUAUCGUGCACUGCUAGUGGGCCACCUUGAUUUGCUGCCCUUCCUGGAACAGCUGUACCAGUGGGCACCAUGGGUCCAAUCCCAGCUCCAGCUGGACCUGCUAGAUGCUAUAGAUCAGGCCUUUCCCCCAGACACCUCUUUGUUAGAGAGUGUGUCCCAUGUCGACUGCUGUCUUCAGAAGCAGAGGUUCCAUCAUGGACCCCCACUCCCAGCAUGCCCUUUUGUGCAGGCCCGGAGGGGUGGGAAGCAAGGAGAGGAGGAGUUGGCCACAUGGCUGCGACCGUUGACUCUGCCUGAGCUACAGCACAGCCUGGGUAUCGUCGGUGCUGAGGUGGCUCUACAAGAGACCCAGUGGCGAGAUGGCCUUAGCCUCCUGCCCUUGGCACUGGCAACUGACAUCCCUGUACAGUAUGAAAGCAGUGGCACUGACUACGCAGAGGAGGAGCCUAUUGGAAGAAGAAGGGCUAAGUCUCAGCUUGGUUCUGAAGUUCCUGGAAAGAAGACAUUCCAAAAGAGCAGCCCUGGCUUCUUACCUCAGACUUCUCUCCUGGGUAGCCAGGUGAUGACCAUUCUGAAGAGGGAGAGAUACCUGAAGAAGAUUCGCUUCCUCUACCUCAAUGUGGCUCCUAGCCGGUACUUCAGGCCCUACAGCCUGGUGGUAGUGCCACCAAGCAAGGUGAAUCCUGAACACUACAUCUUCUCUCCCUUUGGGAUCCUGCAUGUACAUCCUGUGGAGGGCACUGAGACCAUAGCACUGGGUACCUGGCACCGCCACUCUGUCCUCUGGCAACAGCUCCAGUUCAUCCCAUUCUUCAAGAAUUGCCUGUUACGCAAGGCCUGGGCCCGCUGGAAGAAGCAUGUGAAGUACCAGGGGCUGCUUCGGUGCCGGUCUUUCCUGGGGAAGCAUCUGCUCUUUGUUGUGCCUCACUUUGGGGCUGCACUGCUCCAUGUCAGCAGGCUUCUGCAGGAGCUGCACUCUGUGACGUGGCUGCCCCAGGAGCCAGAUCGGAGCUACGAGCUGCUGGACCUAAAGCGGGCUCUAGCCAAGGAGAACCACAAGGCCCUGCAGCUGCUCUCUCACUGCCUGUACCUCUGCACAUCCAUCCUUCAAAUGGUUCAUGAGGAUACAUAUCAAAUGCAUCAGGGCCUGCAGGAGCGAGUGAAAAACUGCAAGAGCAUCAGGACAGGACGAGGCUCUGUAUACCUUCAAAGGGUGCAGUGCCAGCAUCUAGAGCAAAAGCUGAAGCAGGCAGACACCUGGCUGCUGCAGCUGGGACAGCUGGCCCGCCUGAUGGACUACAUGAUUUGCCAGAGCCUUGUGUCUAUCAUAGAGGAGGAGAUAAGCUCUUUUGUGGCCAACAUCCUUCAAGCCCCAAGGCAGAAUCCCUUUCUCUCAGCACAGCUGGUCUUUGACAGUGGUGGCCGGCUGUCUCAUGAGCCCUGUAUUGAAAACAUCAUCCAGAUUCUAAAUGGGGGCCUACGUUUUGUCAAGGCCUCUGUUCUGAAGGUAAUGCAGUCUGCAGACCUGAAGAGCCGCAUGGAGUCCCUGUACUCUGAAGAAGAAGAUGAAGAGGACUUGAACAUGAGAUCCCUGAUGCCCAAGUCCCAGGGCCAGCCCAGCGAUGCUGUGAACAUCUUCUGUGGCCCGAAUAUAGGAUUGGUGUGGCCCUGGAGGUCCCACACAAUUACUGAAGCUCUGGAGGUCCAUGGACACCGGCUGCGGGGCCAGUACUUGCCCACCGAUUACAAGCAACUGCAAGAGAACCUGGAUAACAACCCUCGAAUCCAGCAGGCACUGACUGUACAACAGGCCCUGCUGAAGGACAUGCUGUGCGAGGUGCAGGACUUCUGCAGGGAAUAUCACUGGAUGACAGACAUUUAUGAAUUCCUGCAAGGCUGGGGUCCUCAGAAGGUGGAGCUGAUGAGAGGUUGUCCUAUCAAGAACUACGUGAUGCUGGUGAGCCGCCUGAACAUUUGGCAGGACCGUGUCUCCAAUAUACCUACCGAGUUGAUCACAAAAGGCAAGCUGCUGCUGCUGAGCUGCCGUGAUAUAAAGGCAGACAUGGAAUCCAAGCUGGAGAGCAUCAGGAAGGACAUUCUUGCACAGGUACAGAGUGAGUGCUGGAGCCGCAGCCAGCAGCUAAUGAAAGAGCUCACAGAUUUCAUCCAGGUCUUCCAAACCAUCAACUCAGACAUUCAUGCCAUUGCCCGGUGCUCCCAGAAGCUGAACGAGGCCAAUGAGCAGUACAGCAAGCUGGAGGAGCGAGUGGAAUACAUACGGUCACUCCAUGAACUCAUCCACAACCACUUCAACCUCUUUAGUGCUGAAAAUGAGGCACUGGACAUCUCGGUGAGAAGGCAGUUCAGGGAGUCCUCGAUCCCUCUCUGUCCCCUUCCCCUACAGCCACACAGACUUGACUGCCCUCUGCUUGCCCCACAGCUUCUGGAUAUAUGGGAGGCAUUUCAGUUUGAGAGAAGCCAGGCCUCAGAGUUCCUGCUCAGCAAGCAACAUACCAUUGUGCCCAAGCUGCAGCAGCUGAUGGCAGCAGCACUGGCGGAGCUAGAAGGCCUGAUUGACAAGGUCUUGUCUGGCCCCUUCAUGGACCCUGCACAAGAGCAGAAGAGAAUUGAGAGCCAGCUCAUCUCCCUGGAGCGUCAGUUCCAGGGCACAGCCAGCUACCUCACUGAACUGCACCAUGCCUAUGCCACCUUCACUGGGGAUGAGAGUCCUGUGCCCUUGCCAGUCUGUGGGACCCACCCUAUUGUGCAGCAGCAGAGCAUCUGGCACCUGUACCGAGUCAUCUCUGAGACAAUCAGUGAAUGGAAGUGCAUGGUUUUUGUCAAGUUCAGCCUGUCUAUGGCCCAGGAGAAGACAGAUGGCUGGCUGGCAGAGGCGGCCCGGUUGAGAGCCACUCUGGGGCUGCACAGCCCAGUUCUGCAGUGCUCCACAUGCAUCCUGGAGAACUUCUGCAGCUACCUGCCCUUGCUUACCAAGCUGAGUAGCCUCCCAACGCAGAGCCUCAACCUCCAAGCCCUCCUUCGAGCCUUAGGGUUGGGCAAUCUCAAUGUAGAACUCCUGACACUGGGCCAGCUGCUCACUUGUCCACUGCUGGAGUUUGCAGAUCGAAUCAAUCAGAUCUGGCGGAAUGAAAACGAACAAAUGCAUGCCCGAGAGACCUUGCAGCAGCUGGAGCGGGUCUGGGAAGUGCGCCAGGUGCGACUGCUCAACUUCAUCUUGCAUGUGCCCUACGAGCCACCAGCCUUGGAGCGCUCUAAGAGACAAAUGCUCCGCAACCCUCACAGGGAUAUAGUGGCCAAGGAUAGUGGCACCUUCAUCCUUUCAGAUUACAACAGCCUGCAGGAUUCCAUCCAGGAAAGUCUUCAGGUGUUGUUCAAAAUUCUGGCUGUCCAAAAGUCAGGAGACUUAUACAAAACAGCUUUGGAGUGGGUGACCAUCUUGCAUGGCCUGAGUGGUGUGUUGGAGGCGUGGAUGACUUUCCAGCAAAAGUGGAUUUUUCUGAAUAAAGUUCUGCAUGAGAUGAAGAUCCAGUUCCCCAGUUCUGACCUGAACUCCCGCUUCAAGGCCAUGGAUGAUCAGUAUCGGACCCUGAUGAAGAUCUCUGUAGCUGACCCCUUGGUUCUGUCACUUGUAGUGCCCAGUGCCAAGCGGAGCCCUGACUUCCAAGGCCAGCGGCUGCAACAACUGCUUCAAGCUGGCUCAGUGGAGCUGGAGAGCAUCAUUAUGGCUCUGAAAAGCGUGCUCUAUGGGCUCUCUGCUCACUUCCCCCGCCUCUUCUUCCUCAGUGACAGUGAGCUGGUGGCCCUACUGGUUGCCCCACUGGAGCCAUGUGAGGCCCAGAUAUGGGUGCGACGCUGUUUUCCUCAUGUGCUUGCUGUGAGCUUCACUGUGAGCUUCAAGUACAGCCCAACUGAAGAUAACAUGGAUGCCCCGGAGUCAAGGCCAGGCAUACAGACUCAAGUAAAGGCACUUGCAGUGCUAGGGACAGGUGGGGAGGAGGUAAAACUGCAGCAGCCCCUUCCUCUGCAUCCUGAUCUCCCCAAGUGGCUGGCCUCUCUGGAGAAUGGUCUGCGUUUGGCACUGGUACACAUGCUGCAAGGCUGUGUGGCUGCCCAUCUGGCUUUGGCCCCAUCCCUAGACAAGGCCUUCAAGGAGUUGCCCCAGCAAAACCAGUUGCCUCUGGAACAGUAUGUCCACCACUGGCUAGAUUUAGUCGAGGCCUUCCCAUGGCAGUGUGUGCUGGUGGCAGAGGAGGUAGUAUGGUGGGCUGAGAUGGAAGAGGCUCUGCUUGAGGGGAGGACCCUGGCCAUGGUUCCCACACAUGUGUGCAAGCUGGAGGUACUGGUGCAGGCCCAGAGGGCCCUCCGUGAUGGGAAGCCCCUGCCCUCUGUCCGCCAGACCAGCCUGCUUCGUGCCCUACUGGUCAUGGCAGUGAUGCACAGGGAUAUUGCACAGGUGCUGAAGGAGCAGAAGGUCAGUGAUCUGACAGACUUCCACUGGGCCCGCCAACUCAAGUACCGCCUGGGUUCACCACACAUCAUCCCUCAAAGCCCUCUGCAGAGUCUCAAGACUAUUGCAUCUACUAAGACUUCUCUGUCACCACCUGCAUGCUGGAUAGAUGUGCUGGGCCGGUCCUUCCUAUACAAUUAUGAGUACCUGGGUCCCAGACUGGGACCUCUACCCAGCAUGCUGCCUGAGCGGCCAGCCCUGGUGCUAUUACUGGCCCUGGAUGAAGUGGCCUGUGGGACCCUACUGGGCCCUGAUGGUAUGGGAAAGACAGCCAUGGUGGAGAGCCUAGCACAGGCCCUGGGGCGCCAGCUGGUGAUGAUGCCCUGCUUGCCUCAGAUAGAGGCCCAAAGUUUGAGCAACUACCUGAACGGUGCCCUGCAGGCUGGUGCCUGGCUGCUGUUGGAGGCAGCUCAGCACCUGCCCCAUGGCUUGCUGUCUGCCCUGGGCCAGCGCCUGGCUGAACUGCACAACCUCUAUGCUCCUCUGUAUCAGCAGGCUUCCCAGAGCACCAGCACCAUUGACCCAACACAGCCCCAGCUCCUUGGCAGUGGAUUCUUUGAGAAACAACACGUAUGCAUGCGGCUUGGCUAUGGCUGCCUCCUGACGCUGCCUGCCCUAAGCACUGCUACACCUGCCAACCUGCACCUGCUCCUGCGGCCUGUGGCCCUGACACUGCCUAACCUGCAGCAAGUGGCAGAGCUGACUCUGCUGGGUGCAGGGAUGCGGGAUGCCUCCCGCAUUGCUACCCGCCUAUCCAAAUUCUUCUCCCUAGAGUGUGAGCUGGCAUCUGGGCCCCGGCCCUGCCGCUUGCCACUGCUCAAGCAGGUUCUCAGAGACAUGAUACAGGCUCUAAAUUUGACCAAAGAGGAACCCAGCUCCCAGCAGCGAGACAGCCUGGCUGCCAUCGAGGAGACCGCCCUACUGCAUUCCCUGCUACGCUCACCACUGUUCAACACCUUUGAUGGGGUCCGCCUUCACCACCUCCGAGAGCUGCUCUGUGGGAUCUUCCCUAGUGCUAGACAAGUGCUGGCAGAGCCUGUGACCCACUGGCUGAGGACACCAAUGCUGAUGGAGGAAUUGCAGCAGGCAGGCCUGCAUCCCAGCCCUAAUAUUUUGGGGUCUGUGGAGCAACUGAGCCAGGCCCUGGAUCGGGCCUCUGGCAUUUUGCUCCUGGGCCCUGCAGGCAGUGGCAAGACCACUUGUUGGCGCAGCUUAUUUAAGAUCCAGAAUCGGCUGGCAGCCAUGGAAGACACCUCAACAGACAACUGUCUGCCAGUGGAAAUUACACACCUGUAUCCCAGUGUCCUCAGCCCCCAGGAGUUCCUGGGAUGGCUAGAGGGCCCCUGCUGGCACCAAGGCAUCUUCCCUAUGCUGCUUCAUGCAGCCAGUCAGUAUAAGACUAUGGACCCAGAGAGCAGGGCACAAGGAUCACUGGGGAUCCAGCACUGGAUAAUAUGUGAUGGAGCCUCCUCCAGUGCUGCUUGGCUGGACCCCAUCACUUGUCUCUUGAGUGACCCCCCCCAGCUCAUCCUCCCCAAUGGUCAGAAGAUAGAACGACCCCCAGGUACUUUUCUUUUGAUGGAGGUGGGAGAUGCAACUGGAAUGUCCCCCACAGUGGUGGGCCAUUGUGCCCUAGUCUGGUGUGAUGGGGAGCAGACUUGGCAGGGGAUGCUUAGCGUCCUGAUGGCAGCCCUGCCCCAUGAGUACUGCCUGCAACCCCAGACGGUCACCGAGCUCAACCACCUGGCUGAAGUGCUGGUGCCUGCAACAUUCCAAUUCCUCACCCACCUGGGUGCCAGCUCCCUGCUGCAGACACAUGGGCAGAAGGCAGUUUGCCCGGGCGUGGCUGAAAUCACCAGCCUGGCUCGCCUCCUGCGUUGCCUUCUCGAUCCCCACCUACGCAUAGAUAAGAAGGAGACACAUAAACCAGAAGACCUCAGCUAUAGUGAUCCUGUAGCUCAAAGCUUCAAGUCCUCAAAAAGCAGCUCUCUGAACCAGUCCCAGGGUGACAGCGAUGACGUGCCUAAUAAGUGCAGGGAGCACUUGCUGGUUGUCAGCAGCUUUCUUUUUGCCUUGAUCUGGGGUUUUGGAGCCCACCUUCCUUCCAGGUUUUGGCCACUCUUUGAUACCUUCCUGAGGGAUUCUAUUAGUUGCCUUCCCAACUAUCCUGAACCACCACCCUCUGCCUCGGUAUUUGACCUACACGUAUGCCCAGAAGAUGGGACACUGGUCCCCUUCACUGGCCAAUACCUGAGCAGCCACAUCAAGGGACCUCUGGGCACCUUCAGUCCUUCUCCCCAGACUGAACGACUCUUGUAUGUGGUGGACCUACUUCUGUCGAAGGGACACCCAGUACUGCUGGCUGGAGAGGCAGCAACAGGGAAGUCAGCCUUUGUGGAGAUGCUAGUGGAACCACAUCACCCUUACACGUACACCCCCAUCCACCCGGCCUUCAGUACCACCCAUCUUCGCCUUCUGCUGAGCCAAAGGGUCCAGAACCAAGCACAAGAGAACCUGUGGCAGCACCUGAAUUCUAAAGGCUUCCUCCUCUUUCUGCUGGAGGAUUUGCAUCUGGCUGCUUCUGACCGAGAGAAGAGCUGUCAGCCAGUGUUGGAGACUCUACGCCAAGCCAUUGAUGGCACUGUGUGUGCCCACAGCACCUUGGAACUGCAGAAGUUGCAGUCUACAGUCAACUUCCUUGCCACAGCCACAGUGCCAGGCUUCUGUGAGCGCCCACUGUGCCCACGCCUCUUUCGACUCUUCACAGUGCUGGCCCUGGCCAAUAUGACCCAGGACAUACUGCUGAGCAGGCACACACCUGUCAUCCAGUCCUGGCUUGAGCGCUUCCCCUCUGUGGAGCGGGAGGGUGUUCUAGCAAGAGCCCUGGUCCAGGCCUCUGUGGAUGCCUGGGAGGCUGUGGGUGGCUGCUUUAUGCCUUCACCCCUCCACCCACACUACUGCUUCUCCCUGCACUCUGUGAGCCAGCUACUGGGUAGCCUGCAGCUGCUGCCAACCAGAACGGGCUCCCGAGGUUUUCUGGACUAUCCCAACCACCAGGAACACCUGCGCCGGGUGUCAGGCUUGCGUGGCACCCGCCUGACAAUUAUGAUGGCCAUGCGUAACAUGGUGCGUCUUUGGCUGCAUGAAGCACAGAGAACAUUUUGCGACCGGCUAGACAGCCCUAGGGAACGCUCCUACUGUGCCAAGCUGCUCCUAGAAGUAGCUCAAAGUGUCUUCUGCUGUGGGCCAGUGCCCCAAAGUCUGGGCAAGGGCUGUGAGGAAGAGGAGGAAGAGAGGGUGCCUGAAGUGGAGUCUGAAGGGGAGUUGGCCCAGUGGGAGGACUUAAGCAAUAGUGGCAGUGACACAGAGGAGGAGGAGGACCCUUAUGGCCUUCGGUUCAUCACAGUCCCACCCUCCAGUGAUUCAGGUCCUGCACCAUCCAUAGCCCUAGUAAAGAGGGAGAACACAGAGAGAAUAAGUCAAAAGAUAAAACAGGAGGAAGGCACAGGGGCCUCCAGCUACAAACUUCAGCUGAAUAAAUCCAAGAAUUGGUGGCAGAAGACAUCCACUAUGGACCUGGUCUCACCCCUGUUGCUACCAGUGCUACUACUCUGUCCCCAGGAAAAGCCCUCAGAUCUGGUCUUCAGUCAGGAUCUGACACUGGGUCCUAACUCUGAGAGCCCCAAUUUGUACCUGGAACGGCAGUGGGAGAGCCUGGGGGAGCAGUUAGCCAUGUCAGCCGCUCAGCUAAAGCUAAACCCCCACCUUGUUCAGUGCCACUCAAUGGCUCAGCAUGUGGCCCGCCUAGUCCGGGUGCUGGCCAGGCCCCGGCAGCAUGGCCUGUUGCUCGCAGGGGCACUGGGCACUGGGCGCUGUACUGCCAUCACUCUGGCAGCUAGCAUUUGUCAGGCCCGCCUCUUCCAUCUGCCAUGUGGGUCAGAGGAGGCCAUUCUCCAGUGUCUGCAAGAGGCCAGCUGGCAUGCUGGCAUGUUAGGCAAGCUAGUGGCCCUACUUGUGCCCAGGGGUGUAGAUCUUACCACCCUUCAUCGUCUGUUGGCCUUGGGAACCUCAGGCAGUUUCCCUGACCAGUACACAGAGGCAGAUCUGGACAACAUUGAAGAACAUCUCCUCAGGGAGAACCUUAGUGUCAAGCAGACCAUCAGGAAGGAAAAGCUGUUACAGAGGUUCUACCAGCAGGUAUGCAGCAACCUUCACAUGUUCAUCCUGAUCGAAGAUGACCAGGCCCAGAAACAGCUGCCCUCCAACCUUUUCCUGAGACUCCUUCAACUGACGAUUGCCAGCAUUGACCGCUAUGAACCCUGGGACCAAGAUUCCCUAAUCAGUGUGGUCCAGCACCACCUGAAGGGUGCUCAGGGUCUACCCUUUGGUGAUGAUUCCUUGAAGUGCCCAGACCUCCAGGACUCAAUUCCCAGUGUGGCCAAAGCCAUGGCUCUCAUCCACCUUUCAGCUGCCAGCUACCAUGGGCACCUGUGCCCUGAAUUGCCACUUGUAACCCCCAAGACCUUCCUAGACUUCCUGGAUACCUUCAUGCUGCUGCAGCAACAAAUGAUCCUGAAGAUGAAGAACAAGGCACAACGGAUCAACAAUGUCCUGGGGAAUCUGACAACGCUACUUGAGCAGCACAGUACCCAAACCAACCGGGUCUUCACCUUGGAACAGGAGCUGAAAGACUCUCUCCUGAACCUCAGCACACUGGAACAGCAGCUAGAGCAAGGCAAGCUCCUGCACAAGCAGCAACUGGCAGAGUGUGGCCAGCAGGAGAAUCUCAUUAAGAACCUGACCAAGCAGUGGGAUGCCCUGAGGGCUCAGCAUGAGGCUUUCCUGGAGCAGAUGGGCAAGGCAUUUCUUGGGCCCCUGAGCCAGCUGAAGGUGACCGACUUUGAGGAGAUCCGGAGCUAUCGAGCACCACCAGAAUCUGUGAUCCAGGUGACCGAUGCACUGUGUGACCUGUUCCACCGUGAAAGAGGCUGGGCCAGUGCCAAGCAGCUGUUAUGCACUGAGGAUUUUUAUCAGGAGCUGGUGUUCUUCCCCAAGGAGAAGAUGACGGACUCAGAGGUAAUAAAGUUAAACCUAGCUCUGAAGGCUCCAGGUAUGAGUGAUGCAGCACUGAGGGCAGUAAGCAUACCUGCAGCAAGCCUGGCAGCCUGGCUCUGGGCUGUUCUGCACUACAGGCUGGCACAACACCGAGGACUGCCCACGGGCCUGCUGCUGCGGCAGGUAGAAGCCACACUGGCUCGGGAGCAGGCCCGCCUGGCCCACUACCAGUUCCAGGCUCAAGAUAUCCUAGAGCACAAUUUGGCCCUGACCAAGAAGCUGGAAGAUGCUCAGGAUUCCCAUAACCAUCUAGUAGAGAAUCUCAGUUGUGCUCAGAGUUGCCAGUAUCACAAGUGGCCCAUAAAGGCUGCACUGCUCACUCCCAUGUAUUCCUGGACUACAGAGCUCCAGAAGCUGAAGGGGCACUGCAUGACUGUGUUCGGAGAUGCCCUCCUGUGUUCAGCUGCCAUCGUUUACCUGGGUCCCUUCCCACCAGCACGGCGCCAGGAACUACUGGCCAAGUGGCUGGCUCUAUGUAGGGGCUUCCAGGAGACCCUAGGCCCAGAUGAUGUGGCACAGGCCCUGAAGCAGAAUCGGAAAUCUGUCAUCAUACCACCAAAAAAGCCCCUGCUCUCCACACGCUCCCCCUUCAGCCUUCUGUCCUUGCUGAGCUCUGAAUCUGAACAGCUGCAGUGGGACCGAGGCCUGAAGCCCCAGGCAAAGUCAGCUCGCCUGGCAGGCCUGCUUCUGCGAAGUUGCACCCACUACUUUAGUUGCCGUUGGCCUCUGGUACUUGACUCCAGCAACCAGGCCCUCAUCUGGCUGAACCCACUGCCUCUGGAAGAUACUAGAUGUAUGGCCCCAGUUCCCACCAAGGGCAAAGGGACGUGCUACAGGAAAAAUGAAGAAAAAGAAGAGGAGGACUCGGAAGAGGAAGAUAAUGAUAGUGAAGAGAGUGAUGAGGCUAAGGACAAGAUAAAAGAGCAGAAGGCAGAGGAAAAGGAAAAGGAGGAAGAGGAGGAAAAGGAAGAGAAGCAAGAGCAAGAGAAAAAGGAGGAUGAGACAGAGAGGCAGAAGUCAAGGCCAGCCUCUGAGACCCAGUCUCUAUCCAUUCCCUACCUCAGUGUAUUUUCAGGCUCUAAUCCAGACCUGGGUCCUCAGCUGCUGGAGGCAGCUGCUCGUGGCCUGCCUGUGCUACUAACCAACAUGGAGCUGGGCCUAGGGUGCCAAGAACUGCAAUGGCUACUGCAGCGGGAUCAGCUGAGCCCACCCCAGGUGCAGCCUGGCUUCUGUCUCUAUCUGAGCACUAACCUCCCCCUCAGUGCUUUGGAAAAAGUACUAGAUUGUGAGCUGCUAAAGAGGCUGAAUGUACUGGAUCUGGGCCUGAACAUGGACAUCCUAGAAGAACAGAUGCUGCAUGAAAUCUUGUGCACGGAGCAUCCUGAGCUCGAGAUCCACUGGCAGGACCUCAAGACAAGAGCUCUGGAUACCCAUGAAGCCAUGGAGGCUGCUGAGGAACGGCUCUUGCUGAUGCUACUGUCCCAGAACCUAAAUCAUCAGAAACCAGCCAAGUUCCUGCGAGACAUGUUAAGGACACAGGCAGAGCUGUGUCAGCUGCAUGCCCACUAUGAGGAACUAGAAGACCUGAGGAUGCGGGAGGUGGUACGGUGGGCACCCUAUCGGCGUGUGGUCCAGCAUGGAAUGGCCAUUAUCAAGGCUCUUAGCCCACUGCGGAACCUGCUGCUACCUUUCUGUAUGGGCCCAGAGAAUUGGCUGGCAGCCACCAAGCAGGCUCUGAACAGCAUGAAACACUGUGAGAACCAUCAGGGGCAGGACUUGCCCAGCCAUCUGCUACAGCUGAAAACACAGCUGACCCGCCAGCUGCUGGGCAGCACUGUAGCUGCACUGGGCCUGACCCACAUACCCUUGGUAGGUGCCUUGGGUGCUUUGGCUCUGCUGCAAGUGGCAAGGAAGGCACCAGAUCUGGAGAGGCUGGCACUUUGGCCUGGACUGGCAGCCUCUCCCAGCAUAGGCUAUAGCAAGCCGGUUCCAGGUGUGACUCGACCAGCCUGGCUAGGGCCGAGGGCCUGGCAUGAAUGUGGAAUGUUAGAACUGCUGCCCCAAUUUGCGGGGCUGCGUGCAUCCCUGGAAGGCCACUCCAGUGUUUGGCAGGCUUACCUGUCACUGUCAUCCACAGUACUGGGACCUGCACCUGGGCCUGGGCCUGAUCCCUUCAGCCUCCUCCAGAAGCUGAUCCUGUGGCGUGUGCUGAGACCUGAGUGCCUUGCAGCUGCCCUGGCAGACUUUACCACCAGCCUCCUGGGCCGGCCCCUGGAUGAGAACCUGAGUGCGUCCACCACACCCUUUGAACAAAGCCAGGCUACUCGGCCCCUGCUGAUCUUGCUGCCACCACCUGGUCACCCCACAGCUAUCUUGCACCCCCUGACUGUCAUCCAGAAAUUGGCUGCACAGCAUGAGCAGGGGCAGAAGCACCUGGAGGUGAUAGCCCUGGGCUCUGAGGCCUGGGACCCGGUUUCCUAUGUGGUCAGCACUCUACGCCAGGCAAUGCACAAAGGGCACUGGCUGGUGCUGGAGAACUGUCACCUGAUGCCUCACUGGCCGAAAGAGCUGCUACAGCCCUUGCUGGGGCUGCUGGAUGGAGCCAACGUGGUCUCGGACCUGGAGUUAGAACUGCUUUUAGUCCAACCUGAAAGCAGGAAUGUGGUCCACAGUGGUUUCCGUCUUUGGCUUAUUGUGUCUGCAGAGGCUGUUGCUUCUUUACCAGCUGUGCUGACUCAGCACUGCAUGCCUGUUUUCUGGGAGCAGUCACUGGAGCUGGGCCACAUUUUGAUCAACAGUGUGGAGCUAGCCCAGCAAGGACCCUAUAUGCAACCCCUUACCAGGACGCUGCCCCUGCUCCUCCUACACAGCCUCCUGCUACACCGGCAGCAAUAUGGAAUGAAGAUGCAGGCACACAGGGGGCGCUGGAGUCAAGUGACCUUCAACCAUGUCCUUCAGAUUCAAGACCAGCUGUGGGCCAGCCUUAGUAAUCCCCAUACUGCCAUGCAGGAGCUGGCUGCUUUGGUGUUCUAUGGGGGUCCUCUGGGAGACAACAAGGACAGGGAGUCUGUGAUUAGCCUCAUACAUUCCUGCCUGAGUCCCAGCAGGGGGAGUUGGGACCAACCACACACACCCCAGUAUCUUCUAGCCACUCUGUUGCCCAACCCAGAGCUAGAGGAGCUGGAUGCUAUGGCAGAAUGCAAGGCCCAGAUGCACCUACUGUCCACAUGGCCUGAACCCGGGAUCUGUGGACUGAGUGCUAGCUCCCAGGCCUGGCUAUUGCGACGUCAGAGUCGUGCUCUCCUGAGUGCCCUCCAACGGAGUUCACCAACUUGGGUGCCUAUGCCUCGGGGAGGCUCUCCGCGCAUCAAAAGUCGGCUGCUGCAGCGUUUGGUAGUUGCCAAACGGAGACUGGAGUCAUUGCAGGCUCUACUGACCGAGAACACUCGCCAAGACCAGUCUGGCACCAGGUGGAUGGCGAUGAGGUUCAACGAGGGGCGGCCUCUAGAGGGCUUCCUGCAGACCGAGGUGUUGGAACUGAGCCAGCUGGUGAAGGUGCUGCAGCAGGACCUUGACUGUCUAUUGCAGCAGCUGAAGGGAGCACCCCCGUGUGCCUUCCCACGCUGUGCAGCAGUGGCCCACGCUCUCUGGACUGGCCGCCUACCCCCGCCUUGGCGACGCCAUGCACAAGCCGGGCCGCAGCCACCCUGGCACUGGCUGCGACAGCUGUCACGCCGUGGGCAGCUGUUGGUUCGCUACUUGGGUGCGGGCACUGAAGUACCAAAGCGCAUCUUUCACCUAUCAGCCUUUUGCUACCCCCGCCGCCUGCUGCUGGCACUGCGCUGGGAGGCUGCCUUUGCUACAGUCACCCUGGACCACUCUGCACCCAGCUCCAAUUUGCCUGGUAGCCAAGGCUCCAGCUCCAGUCAUCUUCCCCAUAAACGUCAAGAGCUGAACAGCAACCCUCUGUACCUCCAGGUGGUGAAUAGCCCAAGACCCACGGUUCCAGAGACAGGGCUGCUGCUGAUUGGGCUACAGCUCUGGAAUGCCCAGUGGGACCCACUAGCAAGGGCCUUGAAGGACAGUUCCUCCAGCCAGCCCAGCCCUCUGCCUCCAGUCAGCGUCAGCACCCAGAUCCAGGGUACCAAUGACCCGCCACCCCUUACUGGCCUGGCUGUAUAUUCCUGUCCUGUGUACAUGGAAGGGCCCCUGGGCACUACUAGGCUACACAGCAGGAAUAUCCUGAUGCACCUGCCCCUGCCCACCAAGCUCAGUCCUGCCAUCUGUGUUCAACGCAGAGUCCAUGUGUGCAGCCCACCCCUGCCCUGAGCCCUCAACCAAAAUAAAGUUGGAGUGAUCCGAUGAAAGAAUUCUGAGAUUUGUCAGAAAUAAUGGUGCAUUCACACUGAGGAUGUGACACACUGAGAGGAAAGCACAACUGAGGAGAGAAGAGAUGUGUUCACACAGAAGGCAGAAGAGGGUGGAUGCCUGGCAACCAGGAAGAGGGGAGCGUGGGGACACUAUGGAGAGAUGGGCCUGGUAUUGGUCCGGCCCAGGCAGGUCUGGGGAUGGCUAACAUGCAGGAUCCAGAAUCCCUGCCCAGCUCUCUACUGUGGUCACAGCCCUUUUUGCUAAAUCCACAAGGGUAUUUUCAAAGGGAUAACAUUAGAAUUUAAAACGAUUUCUAAAGGCACUUAGUGGUAUCAUCGAGACUGCCCCAAUCAUCCCUUUCCCUACAAUGGAUUCUGAGUGAACCAUACACACAACAAACAAGCAAAAUAAGACACAAGGUCCUAUGUUCACUCAACAGUUAUUUGUUCUGCCCUCCUGUGAACCAGAUGUUCUUCCAGGCACUAAUGAGGUUGUUCUAAUGCAGGUUGUUCUAAGAAAGACAAUAAA